AACAAAUUGAAGUCUUAAUCCAUUAAAAUGCAAAAAGAAACAAAAAGAAAGUUGACUUUGUGAAUUACGCUUCCACGUUAUUCCAGAGGAUAUAUUUUCACCAGGAAACAAAUGGGACCGUAACCGAAAGCACAACGUAAAAACUAAAGCGCCUUUCGUGAAUUCCGAUUCCACGUUAUUCCUGAGGAUAUAUUUUCUCCAGGAAACAAAUGGAACCUUAAUCGAAAGCACAACCUCAAGACUUAACUCUCCUCUCCCAGUUCCCCUCCGUUCGAGCUUUCUCAGCUCCGCUACGCUCCACCGGCCAAAGAUGAGGAAACGCACCGUUUACGCAUGGGGGGUCGCGAUUCUCUCUUUUAUAGUGCUGAUGAUCGUCACUCCCGCCAUACCCCAGUCUCAAGAGUACCAUGAUUUCGCCGAUCAACGAGAAUUCUUCGGUAUACCCAAUACUUUAAAUGUGUUGUCGAAUUUUCCCUUCCUAGUUAUCGGUGUCAUAGGUCUUGUACUUUGUUAUUAUAAGAAUUAUUUCAAGCUCUGUUUGCAAGGUGAACUAUGGGGCUGGACUUGUUUUUUCAUUGGUGUGGCUGCUGUUGGGGUUGGUUCCUCUUACUAUCAUCUCGACCCAAAUGAUGCUCGGCUUGUGUGGGAUAGAUUGCCGAUGACUGUUGCAUUCACAUCGAUUGUGGCAAUAUUUAUCAUUGAAAGAAUUGAUGACAAGAAGGGAACAGUUUCCAUCAUACCACUGCUGCUGGCAGGUGUAAUCAGUAUUGUGUACUGGAGGUUUUUUGAUGACCUCCGACCUUAUGCGCUGGUGCAGUUUGUUCCUUGCAUUGCUAUCCCACUGAUGGCUAUCUUGUUGCCUCCAAUGUACACUCAUUCCACAUAUUGGCUUUGGGCAGCUGGAUUCUAUCUUUUAGCUAAGGUAGAAGAAGCAAUGGAUAAAGUAAUAUACAAAUGGACCCAUCAUAUUAUUAGUGGGCACACACUUAAGCACUUGUUUGCUGCCAUGGUUCCUGUGUUCUUGACACUUAUGCUGGCGAAGAGGACGAUUGAAACAAAUAGGAUAAGCCUACUGAAGACAUGGAAAGUUUCAUGGACAAAGAUCAAGGGAAACGGUUCCAAGGUGGAAAGUUGCACGUAUACCUACACCAGUGUUCAACCUGAGGAUUCGCAUUGACUUGCAAUUAAAUUCUCCUAACAAAAUUUCAUACUUUCAUGUAACAAGAGAAAUAGUUGUCGUUGUGUUUAGAAAUUUGAACAAAUUAUCAUGUUUGUAAAUACUAUAGAAAAGAAUUAUUUCUUAUGCACUGAUGGACUUCUUAUUCUCACUGUUUCAUUCAUUGUAUACGAUUCUCAGUUCUAAUUUCAGUACCUUUUAAAGAACAC